CCACCUCCUUGCUGGUCAUCCUCUCCUCUCUAACAGCAGCAAAUGCUCCACUUCCAGUAGUUCCUGCAGCAGCAGCAGUAGCAGCAGCAGCAGCAGCAGCAGCAGCAGCAGCAGCAGCAGCAGCGGCGGCGGCAGCAGUUCCAUCAACAACAGCAGCAAUUCCAGCAGAUGCAGCAGAAGCUACAGGCACGUCCGUUAUUGGGCAUUGGCAGCCAGUGCAGCCAUGCCACUGAAACUGCCCUAAAGGAUGCCAGG